CAUAACUCAUGGUCUUUCACUUCAUUCACGAAUAUAUUUCAGCUGUUUGGUGUCUUUUUAGUUGUACUGGUUCUUAUUGAUUUCAAUAACUUUCUUUACGAUAAUUAAUAAAAAAUAUUCUUUAUUUUCGCACAUUCAAUUUGUAUAAAUUAUAAUAAUUUAUUUCAUAAAGGUGUAUUAAAAGUUAUUUCAUUGAAUAUUUAAUUUUCAGUCAUAAAUAUAAUGAAGGACGUUAUUGAUGUAAUGGAAUUACAACGCGAAAAAGGUCGACGUGUACCACCAAUGGAUUACAGAAAAGAUGAUCGAAGUUUUGCCGUUGCACACUUUAUUUUUGAAUGUGGUAUUAAAUUACAAGCACAACCAUUAACAGUUGCCACGGCUGCUGUCCUCUUGCACCGAUUUUUUAAAGAAGUUGACCCAAAAAAUUAUGACUGUUAUACAAUUGCCGCAUCCACAUUAUACUUAGCUGGUAAAGUAAAAGACGAUCCAUUGAAAAUUCGUGAUGUGAUAAAUGUUGCUCGUGAUACUUUACAUAGAGGUAGUAGUCCAUUGGAAUUAGGCGAUGAAUACUGGAAUAUGCGUGAUGCUAUUGUCCAAGCUGAAUUAUUAAUUAUGAGAGUUCUUAAAUUUGAAGUAAACAUUGUUCACCCACAUAAGUAUAUGCUACACUACUUACGUUCUUUACAAACAUGGGUAAACGAAGAUGAUUGGAAAAAAUUACCAAUUGCACGUGUUGCAGCCGGAUUUUUGCAUGAUUUUCAUCACGAUCCUGCUGUUUUGGAUUAUAAACCACAACACAUUGCUAUUGCUUGCAUUUCAUUGGCAAUGCAAAUAUAUGGUACAUCAGUUCCUUUAGCUGAUGAAACAGAUGAAUCUUCUGUAUGGUAUUCAGUAUUUACAAAAGACUUAACAAAAGAAACUCAUUGGGAAAUUAUGGAAAAAGUAAUGGAAGUAUACAAAGACGAACCACUUAGAUUGUAAUCAUUUCUUCAUUCGACUGGUUAUUUUGUAUUUUGAAUUUAUAUAUAAUAAUUAUAAAAAAUAGUUUGUAAUUCAAGAAUUUUGGUAUUAUUUUUUUAUACAAUUCUUUGACUUAAACUUAAGUGACAAAUCAAAUCAUUAUGAAUAAAAAUGGUGGUUUUUGUGAUAGAAUGGAAAAUAUAAUGAAAAAAAUCAAUAAAAAUUGUAAAAGUGUAAAUAU